ACCCAGUAUCCUGUUUCUUAAGCUGUAAAAUAAUUGUGAUGGUUGUGGGUUGUAGAUGAGAAUAAAUAAACAUUUAUUAUUUGCUACGGCUCGCCCCGGGUUCACUCAAAUUAAAUCAUAACAAAUUCUGCACCUAAACCUUCCUCAUGAAUCGCACUAUCUAUUGGUGAAAACUGUACAGAAAUCCGCUCGGUAAUUUUUGAGUUUAUUGCGUUUAUGCAGACAGGUGCGAUUGGGGGACUGCGAAUUUUCUGUUCAAAUGAUCUGUAUCCUCGCCGAGGAUGAAUGCGUGCGAUACUUGUUUUUUCUAAGCUUUGUUUUGUUUACAGGCAAUCGUCACUGAGACUGUAGAGGUCGACCCGUGAGGCUCGCAGUCAGAUCAGAUUGAGGAUAACGAAAGAGUGUAGAGUAGGCGCGGGCAAUUCCUACACAGAUUUAUAACGACCGAUUUUUUUUUUAUUGCUGUACCAAAUAUAUCUAAUUUUAUUUUAAAUUAGACAUCAAAUAUUUUUUUGGGAUAGCAAUGAUUGUUUAUUUAUUUCAGGCAACAAGUUAGGCGCCGGCCGUCUUGAAACCCUUCCUCGCGCGAUGAGAGCCAAACUUUUGGUAAAAAAAUGUACUUUUUAAAUUGAAUAAAUAACAUAGGCCUAUAUAAUAAGUACUGGUCUGGGUCAAGACAAGAUAAAGAGCCGAUUGGUUUUUUUGUUUGAGCCUAUUCUGAUCUAGUACAAAAAUCCGUCAGUCUAGUUACAAUAAUUUAUCUUUAGGCACAUCAUACCCGUGCUGAUCUUUAAGAAAUGUAAUCAAGAGGUAUAUUUCUUAACAUCGCGUAUUUACACUCAGCUUCGACUAUUGUUACGCUUUUUUAUGCCCUCAAUGAAUAUUAUAGCCGCACGUACUACUCCGCAGGAUCUGUAUGCGCGUGCCGUACUCUGUGCACGUCGUAUUCACAUCUCGCAUAUACAUUGCCGUGUUACAGAUUACUGCUGGACAGUGCUCAAGACGAGUGAGCAACUGGUUCUUAAAAAUAAUAAUUCGAAACUAAUUUUUUAAAAUAUUUGUAAUGUUUACACCUCUGUAACUGUCGCUGUGCUGACUGUAAAAAUAGCGUUAAAUUUUUUGACAAUAUUUUUUUUUUGUUUUCUAAAAUGGGUUGUUUAGGAAAUAAAGUGUUUGGUGUUGUGAUCCUGUUGUUUUUGUUGAAAAGUUGCGCAGGAGUUAUAUUCAGGCUAAAUGAAACUCAAUACGAGUCAAUGCCGCCCCUGUUCGCGCUGGACCCGUACGAGCCUUGUCUCCGGGACCCUGGCGGGAUGUACUGCUUGGCCGACUUCGACCUGUUCUCUGAGGAGAAGUCUGACCUCAUGCGGCUCAUACAGGAAUACUCCGCUCACUCACUGAAACAUUUCAACCAUACACAAAUUCACAGAGGUAUUUGUGUCAGAAGAGCGUGCAAACAGUACUUAAAGACAUCAAAUUUAACGACGGAUCUAGGUGUCAUCCUUGAGGCGUGCCUCAACGAAACUGUAUGGAAGAGCUACAAACUUCAAACAAGACUGAAUAAAAUUAAUUACUGUGAUAAAACUAAUGAAACUAGAACUUUGGAUGUCAGUGAUAUGGCUAUGGUGGUCGUGUACCUUGUAAUAAUAAUACUUAAUGUUGGUGGAAGUGUUUACGAUGCGGUGAUCAGCAAAAAAUCUGGAAAGGGCAAUUCAUAUUUACUAGCCUUCUCUAUUCGUCGUAAUUGGGCCAAGCUGGUGGAACCCGCGGGCGCUGGUCCAGACCCUAGGCUCGAGAGGUUCAAGAUAUUUUACGGGAUAAGGACAUUGACUAUGAUCUGUGUGUUUUUCUCACACACGAUGCUAACAAUGGCGUUUUCAUACAUUGAUAAUCCUCUUUAUAUUGAAAAGUCAGCUGACGACCCGACGAAACAGAUCCUAUUCAACGGCAACCUGGUCACGUUGACCUUCUUCGUGAUGUCCGGUUUCCUCCUGGCCUACAACUUCCAGCUCCACGCUGAGAAGUACGGCGUCAGCUGGUUCCAGGUCCCGAAGGGCAUACUGCUCAGGUGGCUACGAUUGACACCAACAUUAGCGCUGGUCCUCUUCACCAUAGCGACCGUGAUGCGGCACGCGGGCGCCGGCCCGCUGUGGAAGCUCGUGGUCAGCAGCGAGGCGCGCGCCUGCCGCACUUACUGGUGGGCGCACCUGCUCUACGUCAACAACUACGUGUAUGAUGACGCGUAUUGCAUGCCGGCCACUUGGUACUUGGCCGCAGACACCCAGCUGUUCUGCAUCGGUAUCGUCAUAUGUUUCGUCGCUCGUACUCCUCGAACUCAGAAGAUCAUACUGCCCGGACUGCUGCUGGUCUCCAUGGUGAUCGUGGCCGCUCACACCUACUUCCAAGACCUGGAUCCUGUCGUGUUGCAGACGCCAGAGAAGUACCGCAACCUGUACGAGACGGAUGACACGUUCCGCCUACUGUACACGAGAGGCCACACCAACCUGUCCACCUACAUCCUGGGCUUGGCUGGCGGGUUCUACGUCUACUACCUCCAGCGAGAGAAGAAGGAUUGGAACAAAUACAAGUCUUACCGCUGGGCCUUCUGGCUGAUGAUCCCCAUGGAAAUAGGGGUGAUCCUGUCUGGAGGAAUCUUCUACACAGACGAGGACCAUGUCUCCACACCCGUGAAACUGCUGUAUGCCACACUGUACAAGCCUUUCUUCCAACUGCUCGUCGUAAUCUUCAUCGUAGGAUGCGUGCUCAAGUUUGAAAAUUUAUAUCGCAGCAUUUUGGAGUGGCGUGGAUUCACGUGGACGGGACGUGUUUCUUACAGCGCGUUUCUGUUGCAUUUGAUAUUCCAACGCGGUCUCGUGGGCAUCCAGCUUACUCCUGUCCACAUGUCUGACUAUUAUGCGAUGGUGGUGCUUACGGCCACCAUAGCCUUGUCAUUUUCCAGCGCAGCUCUGCUCUGGAUCAGUGUGGAAGGCCCGAUCAAUGCGCUCACCAAAGCGGCGUUCAGACCGGCCACUUCUGAACGCAGAGACAACGUGCAAAAUGUCUAAAUACACCCGCUGUAAUCGAUUCUAAUAAAUGCUUGCCAA